UCAAAAUCAAGAUGGCCGACCAAAGGUUAGAAAUACAAUGCAGCUCAGGGAUAGAGUCAGUUCCUUCUAUUCUGGAACCUUGCAGGGGAUGUUUUUCAUAACUUUGUAGUCUUUGGAGGAGGUCCUGAUCAAUGACCGGUCAACUAGACUGGAUUCGAUGUGUUUCUGGCUGUUUCAAUCAUAGAGUCUUUCAGAAACUGGAGUAUGCAUGGGAACCAUUUGGAGGAGCAGAGGAUACUUAGGAGGAAUGGAACGACUGGACCUUUGACUUGAGCCACGGGAAGGUUUUUCAUUUUUCGUCAGCAGCCAUGGCUUCAAUCGGGCAAAUUAUCUUCUACAGCAUGAUUAUCCUCAUCGUCUUAUUCUCAGUGCUCAUCAUCCUCCUCCUAGCCCUGGCAUUCUCCGACUCCUCCUCUGAGGUGACGAGCACUAACACGUUACCCAUCGCCAACCUGGGUGAAGACAUCGUCCUCAGCUGCUACCUGAAUGUCAAAAUUGAACUCGCCAAGUUAAGAGAGGCGUCAGUCACCUGGGAGAAGAAAGGUCUGACAGGAGUCGUUCAUCGUUACGUGGACGGAGCUGACGAGCUCGCGGACCAGAACUCUCAGUUCAAACGGAGGACGAAGGUGUUCCCCGAGGCUUUGGGCACAGGGAACGCCUCGCUGCUGCUGAGGGACGUGAGGAAAAGCGAUGCGGGGGAGUACACCUGCAGGAUGAGCUCCUCUGAGGGCAAAGGGACGGUCAAUAUCAAUCUCAGAGCGGCAGCCUUCACAGCGCCCAAGUUUAAGUUCACCAAAGGCGUCCUGGUCGCGGAGGCCAGCAGGUGGUUCCCUAAACCGAACGUCACAUGGUCAGACGAGGCUGGGAACGUCCUGAACGGGAGCACGAGCUUCAAACCAAACUCUGCAGGGAUUUACAAAGUGGUCAGCAUGCUGCAGCCGGUCAACAUCAGCGACACCUACACCUGCAGGAUCGAGAACGAGCUGGUGAGCGCCGUGUCGAAGGCGACUGUGACAGACACUAAUAUUUUUGGGAGGACGUACUUCACCUUCAGCGCUGCUUCAUCCCUGCUGACGUCCAUGUACCUGAGCACUCUGACCAUCAUCAUCUACAUCUGUUAUCUGACCUGAAGGCACAAAAGUUCUGUGUGAACAUAAAGUGCAUGAAAUCAUUCAAAUUAAAACUUUAUAUUUUUUUAAUAUAUAUAUAUAUUAAAACGUGACUUUUGUCGCCAUGUAAAAACAAAUGUGUCUGUAUUUUAUUUUCUAUGUCAGCUCUAUCAA